AAUGAUUCAUAAGUAAGUAAACCGAAAUAAUUAACACAAUUUUAGGUAAUAUGUCGUUGUUUUUUCGUAUUUGCUGGUCAAUCAUUGUAGUAAAGGUCACUUUUUGGAUAGUUCAGAAGAAGACAUUUGAAGUAACAUUUAUACACAUAACCACAAAAAACUUGUUUAAUUAAUCGUUUAAAAACAUAAACUAAUUAGAACAAUGAUUCAUAAGUAAUGAUAUACUCCAAACAUCUAUCGAUCUUCCGCCGGCGUAAAAUAUCCUACUUCGUGAUCCCCCUCGUCAUUCUCUCCACGAUAUUCGUCCUGCACCAAAUCGUCUUGUUCGUCGAAUUCACCAGCGACAGCCAAAAUCAAAAUGCCAAACCUGGCUCGACGCCCUUAGCAGUAAGAGGCGUGCACGCGCAACGGGCCAAGUUCUACGAGCCCAACCGACACAACCAGUUCGUUUGCAUAGGCAGCUUGGAGGUGAUAGAUCUGAAGAUGGUAAACGACGACUACUGCGAUUGUUUGGACGGAACCGACGAACCCGGUACGAGCGCUUGCACCAACGGCGUGUUCUACUGCGGGAACCACGAACGGAACCCGAGGUACAUUCCUUCGUCGAUGGUGAACGAUGGCAUUUGCGAUUGCUGCGAUGGAUCUGACGAGUGGAGCAACAACGUGAUAUUUCCUAGUACUAAAGGUAUACGCUUAUGCGCCCGAGAACUCUUGCGACCUACACCGAUCAUCUAUCACGGCCAUUGAUGACACUCACCAAAUUAAAAAUGCUACAUGAGAUUGGAAUUGUAUGUAGAUACUUUUUUUGUAUUAAAUAAUUCGCUGGUGCGCCACUGGUGCAAUGAAGUUGUAGCAUCAAAAAAUGUACUUAUUAAAUUGUUCAUACGAAUUGAAGUAU